GAAAGGUCACGGCAGUGGGCGGGGCUUCCUCGGUAAUGGCGGCAGGUUGACGGGAAGCUGCUCACAGUGUGAGAAAGCUGCGUACCGCGCUGAAUUACUGAGCUUGCAAUGGCUGCUGUGGGUUUUAAACGAGAAGGUCCACAGUUUAUCAGCGAGUUAGCAGUGCGAGGAAAUGCUGCAAUCCUGGACUAUUGCCGUACGUCUGUGUCUGCACUGUCAGGUGCCACUGCUGGGAUCCUGGGGCUGACAGCACUGACGGGUUUCAUCUUCUAUUUUGUUGCCUCCUUCCUCCUCUCUGUGCUGCUGAUUGUGAAAGCUGGGCGUCGCUGGAGCAAGUACUUCAAAUCCCGCCGCCCUCUCUUCACUGGAGGCCUUGUCGGUGGCCUCUUCACCUACAUCCUGUUCUGGACCUUCCUGUACGGGAUGGUACACGUUUACUGAAGCAAGAGAUGGCCUCCUGCUCCCGUCGGACAAUUGGAAUGGCACAAACACUUUUCACCCUCACCUGCGUCCACUUGUUGAAUCUUACAAAUUAAACCUGUCAUCGUCACAACCUGCACAAAUACUGUUCCCAGCUGUGAGGUCAAAUAGUACUUUAGGUUCUGUUGUCUUUAAGUUUUGUGUGGUUGGGUUGAUCACUGAAACCGUACAUUUUCAAAUGCCAUGGGAAUGUUGGAGUCCCCCAUUCCGAAUGUCGUAAAGCAGCUGAAGAGCUUGUCAGCCAGAGUGUUCCUCAGUGAGGGGAGUUGUGGAACUGGCUAGUUCUUGUUGAUGGAGACUCCUGGGCAGAGGUCAGAUUUUGAAUUCUUCUACCAUGUUGUGAAGAGUAUUUGUUGAAAAAGUGGAGGGGAUUUUCCCUGGAAUUCCAACCUCCCCCUUCAUUACCUGCCUCCACUUAACUAUUUAGAAUGUGCUGUGACAGAGAUCCAGCCACCCUUAAUUGCACACAGUGAGUAUCCCCUUGAUCAUUGGCGUUGACCUUCCCUCCACCAACAGGGGGUCUGUGGCCAUUGCCUCUUGUGUCAUGCCCCAACAUCUGGCUCAAGGCUCCUGUACUCUGUGCAGGACAGUUAAUAUUCAUCUGGCAUGCAGUGCCUUUUGGCAUUUUGUCCUUGCUGUAUUGUUUAUUCAGUGCAGGCCAUCCUCAUGAGCCAUGCAAUUCUCAGGAGGUAUUCUUGACAGAAACUGAAGGGUUCCCACAAGAAUGGCUCUGUGUGGAGAAGGGAUUGGUUGGAGCACUGACUGUCAGUCUUUGAGAUUUGGCAGUUUCUGUAUCAUACCAAGUUUAUUCUAUGGUUCACAUCUCUAUUUGGGGAAAACGGAAGACUGGGAAGUUGCUGAAAUCUCUUGAGUGCAGACAGAUUUAAAAUGACAUCCUGGAGCAUAGCAGAGAAGGCUAGAAUUGGUUUCACUGUGACAUAGAUUUUGAACUUGUUAACAGCCUGAGAAUCAGGGAUUUACAAUUAAACUAUUUUGUUACUACUGAUGGUAAUUGAAAUGUUUUUAACAAGAGACAUUUGCCCAUUUUGUGGGAACCACUGAAUGUUUCAGAAAAGUAGCAAAUAACCUUAAUUUGUGUUCCCAGGCUGCCUGCCUGCAUUUUACAACAAUAAACUCAACCUGGCUGUUAACAUUCA